AUGACCUCCGACAACAAGCCUCUCGCCAAGGACCUCUCCCACCUGCUCUCCACCGAGGCCAAGUCCCGAAAGGAGUCCAACCUCAAGGCCGCCUUUGUGUACAAGGCCGACCCCUCCAUUGCCUUCCUCGGAGGAGGACUGCCUCUGCCCUCCUUCUUCCCCUUUGACAACGUGACCGUCGAUACCCCCAAGCCUCCCUUCAAGAACACCAUCAUCGCCGACGUGAACUCUCUCAAGGAGGACGAGCUCACCAAGGUCCAUGUCCCCAAGGACCCCUCUCGAGCCGGCAAGACCGAUCUGCCUCUCGCACAGACCCUGCAGUACGGUCUGUCUGGCGGCGCCCAGUCUCUGAUCGACUUCAUCAAGGAGCACACCACCAUGAUCCACAACAUUCCUUACAAGAACUGGGACAUUUGUGCCACCACCGGAAACACCAAUGCCUGGGACUCCGUGCUACGAACCUUCACCAACCCCGGUGACUCCAUUCUGUGUGAGGAGUUCUCCUUCUCCUCCGCCAUCGAGUGUGCCCACGGCCAGCAGAUCAAGGUCAUCCCCGCCAAGGUUGAUUUGGAGGGUCUCCUCCCCGACGCUCUGGACGAACAGCUCAACAACUGGGUCGGAGCCAAGCCUAAGCUGCUCUACACUAUCCCCACCGGCCAGAACCCCACCGGAGGAAACAUGCCUGCCGACCGACGAGAGGCCGUCUACAAGGUGUGCCAGAAGCACGACAUUCUCAUCAUCGAGGACGAGCCCUACUACUUCCUGCAGAUGGACGAGUUCAAGCAGGAUCAGGCUGCCCGAAACUACGAGCAGCUUGAGGACCACGACACCUUCCUCAAGUCUCUGGUUGCUUCCUACCUCAACUUUGAUACCGACGGACGAGUUCUGCGACUCGACUCCUACUCCAAGGUUCUGGCUCCUGGAACCCGAUUCGGCUGGAUCGUCGCCCAGGACACCUUCAUUGAGCGAUUCCUGCGACUGCACGAGGUCUCCAUCCAGUUCCCCUGCGGUUUCACCCAGUCCAUUCUCUACGGCAUGCUGUCCCGAUGGGGCCAGACCGGCUACCUUGACUGGCUCAUCAACCUCAAGAAGGAAUACUCCAUCAAGCGCGACGGCGCCAUGGACGCCAUGGAGAAGUACAUGCCCAAGGAGAUUGCUGAGUGGAUCGCUCCUACUGCUGGUAUGUUCUUCUGGUUCCAGAUUGACGGCUCCAAGCACCCCGAGUUUGCCUCCAAGUUCAACUCUGACCCCGCCAAGCUCGAGCUCUACCUCUACGAGCAGGGUGUGAAGAACAAGGCCCUGCUGAUCCCCGGCCAGUGGUUCCGAUCCGAGGAUGUCACUGAGCCUCCUCAGAAGCCUCUCCCCGUGACUGAGGCGGAAAAGUCUCUGCUCUUUUUCCGGGGCACCUACGCCGCAGUCCCCACUGAGACUGUCGAUGACGGUGUCAAGCGAUUCGCCGAAGUCGUCAAGCGAGAGUUCCAGCUUUAA